AUGAUAGUAUGCAUAUGUGACCUUGAAGUGGUCAGCAUCUUCAAAAAAGGUCGUGUGAGCCAUUAUUCAUUGCCUUUUGCACAUUGGUCAAACUUUGCAGCGAAGAUGAAUGUUGACAAGGGGAAGUCUGUUAUUUCAAACGGGCUGCUCAAUGAGUGUAAUAAAUCCAAUUUCAGUGAAACGAAUUUACCUGGACAACUAAAUAACAUCCACAUGGAAAAUGAUUCACUUAAAACUGUUCCUACUGAAUUUUUUCAAUGCUCAUCAAAAUCGAGAGAUCAUUCAGGAAUUUCUGACACUUAUACCUCCCAUUCUAACCAUAAACCAUGCAACUGCGCCAAAUCUCAUUGUCUCAAACUGUAUUGCGGAUGUUUUGCUCGAGGCAGUGCUUGCAAUAACUGCAACUGUACUAACUGUAUGAACAAUGGUCUUCAUGAAGAAGAUCGUCGGAGGGCAAUAGAACUCACUUUGGAAAAAAAUCCACUGGCAUUUCAUCCGAAAGUCGGCGACGGCGAACGACGACACUCAAAAGGGUGCAACUGCAAAAAGUCCGGCUGCCUGAAAAAAUAUUGCGAAUGUUAUGAGGCGAAAAUUGCGUGUUCUAACUUAUGUCGGUGUCAGGGAUGUCGAAACGCUGCAAAGGAACACAUGCAGCCAAAAUCAGACGCCAAUUCCCCUGGGACUAGUCACUCACUAUUACACAAAAGUCGAGAUACAUUUUGUUACAAGGAGAAUCGUGUCCAACUACCACCUGCUAACGAAGCUUUCAGAGGAAUAUUGGGUACACUCAAAUCAAAUCUACCUACUGAACAUGGAUAUAUAAACAGACCAAAAUCGGUAAUCUGAGUUUCCAAGUCAUAUUUUUAAGUUUAUUUCCUACGAAUCAAUUAAGGCAGCAUGCAGCUGUAUGCUUGCUCACGCCAAUGAAGCUGCACUCAGAAAUCUUUCCGACUAUGAACAAGAAAAGGUUAUCAUAGAUGAAUUUCUAAGAUGCUCUGAGCAAAUAAUCCAGCCAAUCAUUAGCGUUUGAGUAAUGUAUUGUGUGUUUACGUUAAUCGUGUUAAUGUUUUCACACUUCGGUUGCACUUUGUCUUCUUCAUUCAGUUUAGAACCUUUGGUCGAUUCUGCAAAAUUUCAAAACGAGUUUUCACUUUCUGGUUUUGUUAUACCUCUUAACAUCUUUUAUACUGAUGACAAGUAUCGCAUAAUACCAUGAAUAUGACCGAGGAUGAUUGCUCUACAAGUAGUAAACAAUGCGAAAAUGCAAAUUCUCCAUGUAGAGCCGAAGAUGUUGGCUAUAAUGCUUCAUGCUCAUCCAAGAAAAUUCAACAACGAGCACUAUGUGACAUAACUGGGCAAACCAAUUUUUCGAGAAAAAUCAGUAUGGGCUUCGAAGUGCUAAUUUGCCGAAUUUUAUAAUUGUUACAAGUUUUGAAGAACUUCCAGGUAACUACAACGAAAAUUCCUCAAAAACCACCUAGGAGCAUCCCAGAAGUGAGUAAAUGAAGAUUGUGUGCUCAGCUUUUCAAUAACUGUUUUCUGUAAUGUAAUUAUGAAUAUUUCAAUAAAUAUGUACCAGUUUACUUUAUUUUACAUAUUGCAUAAAUAAACAUUAUAAUAAUCUCAGAGAAAUGUAAAAUUGUUGGAGCAAGCAGCACUACAUUAGUUAUGAUUCAGUCGGGAUAUAGCGAAGAGCAACGAGUUUAAAUAUGACACAACUUGGUCAGUGUCAUAACUGUUGGUUUGACAUUCGUAAUGGUGUGCAGUCGACCUUAAUGUAAAUCUAGAUAUUAUUUAGUUAAGUAUUUGUAACCUUUAGUGAUGUGACAGAGAUUCGUCCAAAAAUGUGAAGAUAUAUUUAAUUUGAAUACGUGCGUUUAUCUUGAUUUACACAGCUGGAUUCUUCCAAUCCUCCCGAAUGUGUCAUCUGCUUGAUGUACGCAAAUUUUGAACAAUGGAAAGUCAAUCACCAAAGAAGUGGAGCAAAGAAAACACUGGGCUACAGAAGACUUCUAAAUCGACCGCCACCUACAACGCAUCCAACAAUACCAACAACGGAAGCGGAACUACCAGUGAACAUCGACGAAAUCAGAAGUCCUGAAUGCAAUCAAGAUGCUAAAAGCUGGGAAAGCAGCAAGACCAGAUGGAAUCCUAGCAGAAGCAUUGAAAAUGGACCCAGAGACAACAGUGGACUUGGUGACGCCAUUGCUGAAGAAGGUGUGGAAAGAGGGCAAGGUACCCGAGGAUUGGAAGAAAGGAUACUUAUUCAAACUAGCAAAGAAAGGAGACUUAAGUCAAUACAAAAACUGGCGCGGAAUUAUGCUACUGUCCAUUCCAAGCAAAAUACUAAGCCGCAUCAUCCUGGAGAGAAUCAAACACGUCGCCCUGGAUGAAAAACUUCGACCGGAACAAGCUGCAUUGAGGAGAAAGAAGUCAUGUAUUGAUCAAAUCGCCACUCUACGCAUCAUCAUUGAACAAAGCUUGGAAUGGAAGUCACCUCUCUAUCUCAACUUCAUCGACUUUGAAAAGGCUUCGACAGCGUCGAUCGAGAGGUCAUUUGGCAACUACUUCGCUACUACGGGUUGCCAUCGACAAUUAUACAUCUCAU